UACCGUAGUGAAAACUGAACGAAAGUUAUAAAUGCGACAUUUUAUUUGAUAAAGAUGUUACUUCUAAAAGUACUAUAAUUUUGAUAUUCACUUUUAGGAAUUUAAAAAUUAUUGAGAUAACUGGAUUGUUACACUAUUAUGGCAUGCAAUUUGUCUCCGGAACAAGUUGUUGAAUUCCGUGAGGCGUUCAAACUGUUUGAUAAAGAUGGUAGUGGAACUAUCUCCACCAAAGAACUUGGAAUCGUCAUGAAAACACUCGGAGACCCGAAGUCUGAUGCUCAACUUGCCAAAAUAAUAGCUGAAGUGGACGCUGAUGGUAACGGAGAAAUUGACUUUAAUGAGUAUCUUGAGAUGAUGGCAAAUCGGAUAUCUGACAAUGGUUCAGCGGAUCACAUACGAGAGGCAUUUAAGGUAUUUGAUAAAGAUGGGAAAGGCUAUCUCACCGCGGACGAGUUACGUCAUAUUAUGACAAAUCUUGGCGAGCGUCUGCCUGACGAAGAAGUUGAUGAAAUGUUGUCUAUUGUUGAUGCAGACGGCAACGGAUGUAUAGAUUAUGAAGAGUUUACAAAAAUGCUGGCUCAAAAAUGACGUUUACAUGGAGGACACAGAACAAGAACUGAGAUGUGACAUUAACCAGACAUUAUGCAAUUUACAAGAUUUUGUGUUCAAUAUAUGAAUCUGUUAUGUUUAUAUUGGAAUGUUGUUAACAUUCAUUUACAGCGUGUCUGUAAAUUUUACAUAUAUCAUUUUAAUGAUUAUAUCCAAUUUUGUAGAUUUUUAAAUGUUUGAUGAUACAUAGAAUGUGUAUUAAAUAUUCGAUUUAGUAAAGUUGUUAUCUAAUACAAUACAACAUGAAUGAUCAAGGGUGGUUUUUAUUUCAUUUUAUGUUUGUUAUUUCUGUUGUAACUGAUAUUUGCUGUAAGGAAAUGUUGUGGCGCGAGGUUAUUACACUUUAUAACAGUAACCCAAAUUAUUUUAAUGCUGAAAAUAAUUUUAUUUAUCUUAUUACUCGAAAUAAAUGUUUCAUAUAAGACAUUUAUUCCUGCUGAAAAGACAGCGUUCAUCAUGCAGUAUGUUUGGACAGCUGCCGAAUAAAUAUAGAAUAAAUAACUUCAUAUUGCAGCUCUAUGCAAGUGAAACAACCCUAGGGAAUGCUUUAAGUAGAUUAUGUACUUGAUUAUAAGUGGCACUGUUUAUUUACAUCUGUAGCAUAUAUUUAUUACUUUAUUAGUUUAUUUCAUCCAAGUGCACUUAUUAAACAUAUACAUAGUCAGUACAAUCUACGAUAAAUGAUCAGUCAUAUAUACAAUUAUAUACAGGAUAUUUGUUUGUUUUGCAUGUAAGAUUGAAAUAUAAUUUCACUGAGUGAACACCAGGUGCAAUAUUUUCACGAGUGGCGUAGCCACGAGUGAAAAUAUAAAAGCUGGUGUUCACGAAUGAAAUAUAUUUCAAUCUUAUAUGUAAAACAAAUAAAUUUUCUUUCUAUUUUAUGCUUUUUAAGUGAUUUUAAGUAUUUUUUUACUGAUUUUUCCGCGUAACGUCACGCAUUUUCCUUUGUGACGUCAUUAUAUCAUGACGUUACAUCAUAAGUUUUGAAAUAUAGGUCUGUUAAAUUUCUCUAAUUUUGUUACAUUUUAAACAUGAUGUAUGAUGACAUUGACUUUCUUUUCCUAAAUAAGCAAAUUUACGUAUGACGGCAUUUAUUUCUGCCUGUUAUUCCAUUUAGUUAUGAUUUUCUUUUCAUCCGCAUUGAGAUAUAGUCCGGCUACAGUGAAAAUUAUAUUUUAUAAAUUUCACUAGUGGUUUAUCAGAAUAUAAUCAUCUGAUAUAUUGUAGUUAAACACUGGAAAGCAUGAAAUAAAGAAAACUACUAUAAUUUGUUACAAACAUUUUAUAGGUAUCGAAUUUUUCUAUCUACAUUUUAAAAGUUAAUCAUUACUAAUACACAAAUCUGCCUUAGAAUAAUCCGCCAAAACUUAAACACUGAAAUUAAAAAGACUGGCCCCAAAACGCAAUUUGCAAAUAAGCUUCGUCUAGAUAAAAGUCAAGCUAGUCAGUAAUGGUGAACUAUUAAAAGAUAAGUAAAAUUACAUAUUAAGUUUUUUUAAUAAAUAGAUACAUAUUAGUGAUAAAAGAAUAAUAUUACUUUGUUGCUAAGAUCUUUAUUUUUUCAGUGUGACAUUACAGUGUCACAUAUAUCAGUACAACAUUAAUUAAUAUGGUAAAUAGGUGAAAGUCUAAAUAAGUUUACAUUUUGCCAUACUUCCUUUCAAUUCUGUAAUUACUUCGAAUGAAUAAUUAAUAACAUACAUGGCUCAAGGAUAUAUCAGUCUUUUAAUUUAAUUUAUAAAAGGAAUGGGUUGGACUUUAGGCAGUUUUAUCCUUAACAUUGUCCAAUAUCAACCGUUGGUCAAUCACAAUUAUAACAGUCAAUCGUUUGAGAUAUUAAGUCAAGUUAGCUCAACUUUACAAUGAAAGAAGUGCGCAUAAUGUCAUUUUAAUUUUAGCCCUCCUAUUGGAAAUAUUUAAAACAACAACAACAACAACUACUACUACAACUAAAUACCGAUCUAAAUAACGUUUCUAUGCAUAGCACAGUUAAACAUUUUACUAGUACAUUGUAAGUUUUAUUUCUUUUUUAUUAUUAUUUUAUUAUAAACUCUUCUCUCUGAUCAAACCGAUGAAUCCAGCUGUUGCAAGUAUAAAAUCUGUUUAAUCGAAAUUAUAUACAUAACGAAAUUAUUCAACAUUAUCAUUUAUCACAUAAAUACAGACAAAUCUAUUUAGAUGUAAUAUUGCAGUAU